AUGGCAACGCCGGGCGGCAGGUCGGAGCCGCCGCAGCUUCCAGAGUACAGCUGUAGCUACGUGGUGUCGCGGCCAGUCUACACCGAGCUCGCCUUACAGCAGCAGCAGGAGCGGCGCCUGCAAGAGCGCAAGACGCUGCGGGAGCGCCUGGUCAAGAGCUGCAGUUGUUCAAGGAAGAGAGCCCUUGGUGUACUGAAGAUUCUCCUGCCCAUCCUGGACUGGCUUCCGAAAUACCGAGUCAAGGAAUGGCUGCUUAGUGACAUUAUUUCAGGAGUUAGUACUGGGCUAGUGGGCACGUUGCAAGGGAUGGCGUAUGCGCUGCUAGCUUCCGUUCCUGUUGGAUAUGGUCUCUACUCCGCCUUCUUUCCUAUCCUGACAUACUUUAUCUUUGGAACAUCGAGGCACAUCUCCGUUGGACCUUUCCCUGUGGUCAGUUUAAUGGUGGGAUCUGUUGUUCUGAGCAUGGCGCCUGAUGAGCGCUUUCUCGUGUCUGAUAGUAAUGGAACUGCAUUGAAUGCCACUGUGGUAGACACUACAGCCAGAGAUGCAGAGAGAGUACUGAUCGCAAGCACCCUUACUCUUUUGGUUGGAAUCAUACAGCUGAUAUUUGGAGCUUUGCAGAUUGGAUUCAUAGUGAGGUACUUGGCAGACCCUUUAAUUGGUGGAUUCACUACAGCAGCUGCCUUCCAAGUGCUGGUCUCACAGCUGAAGAUUGUCCUCAAUGUUUCAACCAAAAACUACAAUGGUGUUCUCUCCAUUAUCUAUACCUUGAUUGAGAUUUUUCAAAAUAUUGGAGAGACCAACCUUGCAGAUUUCAUUGCUGCAUUACUCACCAUCAUCGUCUGUAUGGCGGUUAAGGAACUGAAUGAUCGAUUUAAACACAAAAUCCCAAUUCCUAUUCCUAUAGAAGUAAUUGUGACUAUAGUUGCCACUGGCAUUUCAUAUGGAGCUGACUUGGAAAAAAAAUACAAUGCUGGGAUUGUUAAAUCCAUCCCAAGAGGGUUUUUGCCUCCCACACUUCCACCUGUGAGCUUGUUUUCUGAUAUGCUGGCUGCAUCGUUUUCCAUCGCUGUGGUGGCUUAUGCUAUUGCAGUGUCUGUAGGAAAAGUGUAUGCCACCAAACAUGAUUAUACCAUCGAUGGGAAUCAGGAAUUCAUUGCCUUUGGGAUCAGCAACAUCUUCUCAGGAUUCUUCUCUUGUUUUGUGGCCACCACUGCGCUAUCCCGCACCGCUGUCCAGGAGAGCACUGGGGGAAAGACACAGGUUGCAGGCAUCAUCUCAGCAGGGAUCGUGAUGGUUGCCAUUGUUGCCCUGGGGAAGCUUCUGGAACCCUUGCAGAAGUCGGUCUUGGCAGCUGUUGUGAUCGCCAACCUGAAAGGGAUGUUUAUGCAGGUGUGUGAUGUUCCUCGUCUAUGGAGGCAGAAUAAAACUGAUUCUGUUAUCUGGGUGUUCACGUGUGUAAUGUCCAUCAUUCUGGGACUGGAUCUGGGCUUACUGGCUGGCCUUAUAUUUGGACUAUUGACUGUGGUCCUGAGAGUCCAGUUUCCCUCAUGGAAUAGCCUUGGAAGCAUCACUAGCACAGACAUCUACAAAAGUACCAAGAUUUACAAAAAUAUUGUAGAACCUGAAGGAGUGAAGAUUCUUAGAUUUUCUAGUCCUAUUUUUUAUGGCAAUGUCGAUGGUUUCAAAAAAUGUAUCAAGUCCACAGUGGGAUUUGAUGCCAUCAGAGUAUAUAAUAAGAGGCUGAAAGCACUGAGAAGAAUUCAGAAACUCAUCAAGAAAGGACAAUUAAGGGCAACAAAGAAUGGUGUCAUAAGUGAUGCUGGUUCAACAAAUAAUGCUUUCGAACCUGAUGAAGAUAUCGAAGAGCCAGAGGAACUUGAUAUCCCCACCAAGGAAAUUGAGAUUCGUGUGGAUUGGAACUCUGAGCUUCCAGUCAAAGUGAAUGUUCCCAAGGUGCCAAUCCAUAGCCUUGUGCUUGAUUGUGGAGCUAUAUCUUUCCUGGAUGUUGUUGGAGUGAAGUCAUUGCGAAUGGUGGUCAAAGAAUUUCAAAGAAUUGAUGUGAAUGUGUACUUUGCAUUGCUUCAAGAUCAUGUGAUAGAAAAGAUGGAGCGAUGUGGGUUUUUUGAUGAUAACAUUAGGAAGGACACAUUCUUUUUGACCGUUCAUGAUGCUAUACUCUAUCUACAGAACCAGGUUAAAUCCCGGGAGAGUCAAGAUUCCCUUUUAGAAACGAUCAACCUCAUUCAAGACUGUAAGGAUCCUCUUGAAUUGAUGGAAAAAGAGCUGGCUGAUGAAGAACUUGAUGUCCAGGAUGAGGCUAUGCGUAGACUUGCUUCUUGA